GUCACUUGAGCUUGGUGUUCAAAUGGAUGGAGCAAAUAUCGUGAUGGGGGUGUCGAGGAGGAGGAUCCGAAACCUGCAGCCGGCUAGGCCGCUGCGUCGUUUGAACAUAAAUCAAGAAAGAAUAUCAUACAGUAGGGACUUGCUGAUCAGGUUGGCAAGCUCACCAAUGGCAAAGAAAAAACCUGACUUCCUACCAGACCACCCAGUAGUUCUAGAAAAGCCAAGGCACCAAGAUGUGUUUCUGAACAACUUUAACAAUAACCUGGACAUACAGGGCGCUGAAGGUGGUUUUUGUCUGCGGUUACUAGCCCACUCCAAACAGUGAUAUUCACUUGUUCCUCAACAUUCUUUCUGCUAGUUGUGAAGUGAGUGUGAUUAUCUGGUCUGCGGUCUUUGUGCUUGUUGACUUUGAGUUGUAUUUUAUGUUUGCACAUUCCAAGCUCCAGAUCAUUUCUUCUUCAGGCAAACCAAACCAAUUGUACUUGACAGGCAGUAUCAGCUGAAUGUUGAUGUAAAGCAAUGUGUGAUCACGUGGUUCACAGGAGCAUGUUUUAAUUUAAAUGAAUAUGUGCAGACUUCUUUAAUUGACAUUAAAUGUUA